CCCUGGGUCCGCGCGAGUGUCUCCCUUCGGGUGCGGGCGGGGGGCGCGGGAGGGGGGCGGAGCCGACGGGGGCGCGGGUCUCUGCCGGCGGCGGGGACGCAGACCAUGCCCGGCCACCGUGUUACCGCUGGGGCUGCCCCUUUAAGAGGGGGCUGGGCUGCCGGUGACCCCGCGUGAUGUCCGCCUCUUCCUGGUUGCUAUAGACACGGCCUUCUAGCGUCCCAAAAUGGCGGCGCUGCUGCCGGAGGUGGUGUUCGAGAGGCGCGGGCGGGCCCCGGCCCCCAGCAGGGAUCUCUGCCAGCUCGUCGUCACCCGGCGGGAGGUAGUACAGCCCUUACCCCUGUUGCUCUCUGUCUCUGCAAACGUCAGGAGUGAUUCUACUUUCCUGUUACCAAAGGUAAUUUUCAGGUGGUGGAAAAUCUCACUUAGGAAUGAAUUUCGUGAAUCAAGACCUGGAGAAAUUAAAGAAUCCCAGGAGGAUUUUCUGGGUGAUUCAUCUCUUCAUAUUCAGAUUGCUAUAGUGUUUGGUGCCAAAGUUCUGGAACACGUCCUCAGUCUGUGCCGAGGUAACUAUGACUUCCUGGAACGGCUUCCUGUCCCAUUGCUUCUGUACAUCAUUUCCUUUCUGGAGCUUGAAGAUAUUGCCAGCCUUUCUCAAGUUUCACAUAGAUUUGAAAUGAUAUGUAACAGUAACGCGCUAUGGGAGAAUAUUGUGGAGAACUUGUGUGACACAAUCACACCUGAAAUGAAAGAACUCGCACACGAAAUGGGCUGGAAAAAAUUCUUCUUCACAAACAGACUUCAGCUACAGCUGCAGCUCCGAAGAAGGAGGCAGAAACAAGAUGCUUGGAACAAAGAAGUGACUGAAUAAAGAUGCAUUUUUCAUUGAAGCAAUUGCUCUAAGGUGUGGAUUUGCUGUUUAUCAGGUCAGGCAUACGGACUUUUCUGCUUUACUAGGGAAAGCAGAUUAUUUUGAGGACUGAAAGAGGAAAAACAAAAUAUGUCUUACUCAGAGCAACAUGUAAAUAAUACAAAGUUUAAUAUGUUGGGCAUCCUGAAACUGUAUUAUAGUCAGCAUUAUAACAGAUACUAGCAAUAGAAGAGGUUGUGGUUUCUUUGUACUUCUUUAUUCUGACUAUAUUGUAAGUAUGCUAUACAACACAUGCUCCAUGUUUAUAUCAGGUGCUACAGCUCUGUCAUCAUUACCUUUAUAGAAAACCAUCUAUCAUUUCUUACUGCAAAAAUUGCCGAUGAAUGCUGAAGUUUUUACUGUCCACCACGGUAAAUUUGCAAUGUUUAUAGGCAAGUCAGAUGUAGCUGGUUGCAGAGUUUGAUGUGUGUUAAAAUGUUUUUAAAUUAAUUAUCUAAACUCAAGCAAAUAAUAAUUUUGUCAGCAAGAAGAGACUUCUUUUUGGUGACUGAGGGUGGAUCAAAUUAUUUUCCUCAUUUGGACGCUCCACCAACAUCACGUUUGAGGCACUCUGCCGGAAUGGUGUAUGGGGAAAAUUUUUCCUUGAUGUUGCUGAUGCAGGAACUCCUGCAAGGAACUGACUUCCAUUGUUCAUUGUUCGAGCUGCGUAUGUGGUCAGAGACAUUUGCUGUCUUAAAAGAUUGUAACAAUGGUUACUUAAGAGGUGUUGUAAAAUGAAGGCAGUUCUUACUGACUUACUCCAACAAUCACCAUCAGUAAUUAAGAGGCCAAAUAUUAUUACUCUGAAAGUACCAGUUGAUUAAUAUAUCAUUUGGCAUUGACUAGACAUAACACCUGAGUAUUAAAAACAGCAGUUGCAGUAUUUGCAUAGAACGGUGUAAUAUUUGAAGAGUAUAUUACGUUUGCAAUUUUUUAACAUGUCAACUAUUAAACUGGAAUUUUAUAAACUGAUUAAAAACUAUUAAUACAGGGUUCUUAUGCUAUUUCUUUAUAAAGCAGUAUUUUAAUACUUUAAAAAUAUUUGCUAAUUUAGAUUAAGAAUAUUUUGUUCUAAAACUGUAUACCAAUAUUCUUGAAGCAUUUGGUGAUUGUGGAUCUUUAGAUGAAGGUUUUUCAUCUACAGAUCCACAAUCAGAAGUCUUUCCUCUUUGUGGCUAUUUCCUUUUAGGACAAUGACAAAUAGAAAUUUCCUGAAGUGCAUAAAAUACUGUAUUCAUAAAAUUUCUGUUCUGUGUAAUAAACUACUAUAAAGUAUAAUUUUGCUUUAGAGAGAUGAUUUUAGGAACUACAGUAUGUGGGCAGGGCUACUGAACAGCAGGCCCUCUUCUCUCUUUCUGCCAAUUUACCAUCAAUGCAUUUUUUUCUUAGCUUGUGCUCUUGUAACAGAUUUAGGCAGUUUCAGAUUAGGAAACUAGAGCCCAUACUAGCCAAGGUGGACUGGGUGAAUAUUAAUUUAAAAUCCUAAUUUAACUCAACUUUGUCAACCCAUCUUCCCCUCUCCUUGAUCAACCAUGUACCUGUCCCUUCCAUUAUGAGAAAUAAGAACAAUCAUUUUUUCAGGAGAAUCUUCAUUUUUAAGCUUAAAAAAAUGAACUUAAUUAGUAAAUUAACAGAAAGUGAAAGUUUGGGUAAUGUAAGUUUAUUCCCAUCACAUGGCCCAGUAAGGACUUAUACAGAACGAUAUACUGCAGAUAUCAUAAGUGAACAACAUAUUAUUCAUUACAGUAAUAUGCAAAUAAAAUUGAUUUUGACAAAAGACAAAAUGAAGAUCUAAGUAUAAAGGGUACAUAUCUUCCAAAAAGAAAAAAAAAUGAAAUUGAGGGAAAUUAUCACUUCUAUAUAUAUAUAUAUAUAUAUAUCUCACCAAUAAAAGAUAGCUUGGUUAAAAGCUAGCAGCAGCAUUCACACCAAGAAGACAUUAAACCUGCAACAAAAGAACUGAUGUGAAAGUGCAGUUUACAUGAACGUUUUUGCAACAAAAAGCUGAUGUUAAGAAAUUACUGACCGCGUGUUCACACCAUGUGUUGCAGUUCACUCACGCCUCAGUUGUUUUAAUGUGACUUUUAAAGGCCACGCAUAACUAUCCCAUAUGAAUGAACUGAUCUAAAUCCUCAAGUAGUUUGGGGUUUUCUUUGCGUUUUCUUUUUUAACUUGGCUCAUUUGAGUGAUCUGUUCUAAAAUAUGUCCCUGCCAACAGCUGUAGACAUGUGAAACUAAGAAGUUGGUGAUUUGCAAUAUAGAACAAUACGAGCUGAGGUUCAGAACUGUUUUUUUAACCAAUGUUGCAGGUAUAAAAAAGAAAGAUCUGUAUUGUUGAUAUUGUUGCAUACUGAACUGCUUCCCACUAAUUGUUCAAUAUAAUUGAACAGUAUCAGUUGUUUUUUAAGAAUUCCAGCAGCACAUACCAGUAUUAAACCAAGAACCUGAUUUUUCAUGAAAAAAGUUUUCAUAAGGCUACCAGAGAAAAAACAUACAGUGACUUUUAUUUGAUACAGGAAAAUUAACAUCAGACUCACCUCUCAGAGCUGAAAAAAUAUGUCUCGUACCACCACUCAAAACAUUCUGCAUUCAUUACCAGGUGCUUAAUGUUGUUUAAGAAAAUUGAUUUCAAUAUUUUAAGUGGUCUUUAGCUCCUCCAUGCUUUGCAUUAUCUAAUUUUCUAGUAAAUAAACAUCUCAAACGUGACCGGUGUUAGAUAGUUCAUGGUGUACAUUAAGAGCAGCAACACAACUGAUCAUAAUAUAAGAGGUUUUGUUAUUAAAUUAAUUGUAACAAAAUUAAGUGUGCUGUAGCCCAGUUCUUUCUAAAAUUAUAUUUGGCCAAUUUUGCCUAAUGGCGUUUCUUUACUACUGUUCAAUUGACAAACAAGUCCCAUGGAAGGAGUCAAUGGCAAUGGUACGAAGUUCUACAAUGCCUCUAAUUAGGUAAAGCAGCCAGAAACUUCAAACUCUUUCUGGAAACAUUUUCCAGUUUGUGAAUAGCAAUAGUAUUUUCCGCACGUUGCCUGUUUUUGCUUUUACGUUUGUUUUACUUCAGGUGCAUCAAGUGUCACAGCAUUUAUAACACAGCUUCUGUAUGAAGAGUGGCUACUUUAUUAUGCAGUUGAUAAUAAUAAAAAAAAAUAA